AUCACAAGACGCAGCGCGAUCUCACUUGCAAACAUUGCCAUAGCUAAGCUAGUGCAGACGAAGCCAUGGCUUCCCGUGCCCUCGCUGCGCUGCUCACUGUGCUAGCGUUUGUCGGCUUUGCUUCAGUUCCCCGUGCUCUGGCAACUGACCCGACCCAGCUCCAAGACUUCUGUGUCGCUGAUAACAAUAACAAAGCUGUGUUGGUGAACGGGUUGGUGUGCAAGAACCCAAAUGUGGUGACAGCGAACGACUUCUUCUUCAAGAUAAUGCCGGCCACCCCGAACGCGCAGGGCUCCGGGGUGGCGGGGGUGGCGGCGGACGUGCUCCCGGGGCUCAACACGCUGGGCAUCUCGCUGGCGCGCAUCGACUUCGUCCCCGGCGGGCAGAACCCGCCGCACACGCACCCGCGCGCGUCGGAGAUCCUGACGGUGAUGCAGGGCACCCUCCUGGUGGGCUUCGUCACCUCCAACCAGCUGCUCAACAACACGCUCUUCACCAAGCAGCUGGUGGUCGGCGACGUCUUCGUCUUCCCGCAGGGGCUCAUCCACUUCCAGCUCAACAACGGCAAGGCCCCCGCCGUCGCCAUCGCCGCGCUCAGCAGCCAGAACCCCGGCACCGUCACCAUCGCCAACGCCGUGUUCGGCUCCAAGCCGCCCAUCCUGGACGCCAUCCUCGCCAAGGCCUUCAUGCUCGAGAAGGACACGGUCGACUGGGUCCAGCAGGCGUUCGGCGCGGCCCCGGUGGCCGGCGGCGGCGGCGGCAUGCCCGGUGGCGGCGGCUACCCCGGCGGCGGGUAUCCUGGCAACGGGACCGGCGGCGGCUACCCCGGCGGCGGGUAUCCUGGCAACGGGACCGGCGGCGGCUACCCCGGCGUGCCAGGGUACCCCUAAUAAGGUGGAGGCGGUGUGCCUCGACGGCGCCUAGCAUUGCUGCACAAGAGCAGAUGCUGAUGAUCAUCGAUCGAUCAGGCCGGCCGUCAUUACACAAGUAUAUAUAGUAUACUCCAAACAUGCAUGAAGCCACUUGCAGAUUGUGAUGGUCAGGUUCACGGUGUAGCACACACGUAGUGUACUAGCAUAUGUGUUUGUGUUGAUCGAGGAGUAGAAGCUCCAUCGAUUGGGUUGAAUAAUGGAGUGUGUGGCGAAACGGCAACAAGUGUACUACAAACUUUAUUGUUCGUUGCCUCUAUAUGAAAUAAACUUAAAUUAAGUGCAAA